CAUGACCGCUGGAGCUCCGCGACCAAAACACCGAGCUGCUUGACAACAAGUCUUCGAGAAGGUGUGACAGCCCGCAAACUUUUUCCGCAUCCACCGAUCAGACCCUGAAUUUACAUAAAACCAUCGCUCACCUGUCCUGCAGACAGGCUGUCUCAAUGCAUUUCAGAGGACCGAAAACACCGAGGCGAUUAUGGACGUGCACGAUUUGUUUAGUAGUUGCAGAAAGGGCGACAUUUGUAGAGUCAGGUACCUUGUUGAACAAAGAGAUGUGGACCUCAAUGUAAGAGAUAAAUGGGACAGCACCCCUUUGUAUUAUGCGUGCCUUUGUGGCCAUGAGGAGUUGGUCCAGUACCUGUUGGCUAGUGGUGCCAAGUGUGAAGCCAACACGUUCGACGGCGAGCGAUGUAUGUACGGCUCCCUGAAUGACUCCGUUCGACGCAUGCUCAAGGACUAUAAGUGUGUCAGCGUCCGUGCCAUGCAGCGGGAGGAUUUUAACUACUUCCUGCACAUGCUGUUAGAGCAGGGCCACCACAGUGACGUCAAGUUCCAGGUUCAUGGGCAGACGUUUCAGGCCCACCGCUGCGUUCUCAGCGCACGCUCAGAGUACUUCACGGAAAUGUUUAAGACCAAGUGGAAUGGCAAGAACCUGAUCACCCUCAAACACCCUUUGAUCAACCCUGCAGCCUUUGGAGCCAUCCUGCAAUAUUUCUAUACAGGUCGAAUGGAUAUUGAUAUAAGUCUUCUGGAGGACAGCAGACUACUUGCUAAACAGUGCAAAAUGACAGAUCUCAUAGAGGAGCUGGAGAAUAAAUGCAAACAGGUGUAUGAAUUUGUGUCAAACAAGCCAGGAAUCUGUGUGAAAGUUCUCAGCCUGGAGCCCCGUAGCAGUCAACUUCAGGAGGAGAUGGCUCAGUUAGCAGACUGUGCUAUUCCCACUGAACUAAGAGUUGGAUUCGGGGAGCUUCCAUUCAACAGCGUCGACCACUUUCCUACUUAUCCUGACAUCUGCUUCAGAGUCGAUGGCUAUAAUUUCUCCUGUCAUAAGGCAUUUUUCUGUGGACGUAGCGAUUAUUUUAAAGCCUUACUGAAGGACCACUUCAGCGAGGGAGAGCAGCUGCAGUCCCAGCCCAGCAUCCCAGUGAUUACCUUACACAACAUCUCCCAUGAAAUCUUCAUCCACAUCAUGUAUUACAUCUACACCGAUGACACAGAGCUGAUGGUGGAGAACGUGUUUGACGUGCUGUGUGUGGCCGACAUGUAUCUCCUGCCGGGGCUGAAGCGUCUGUGCGGGAAGACGCUCGGCAAGACUAUAUGCGAGGACAACGUUCUGUACAUGUGGAAGACGGCCAGGCUUUUCCGUCUCUCUCGGCUGGAGGAUCAGUGCACGAAGUUCAUGGCCAAGAUCAUUGAGCGGCUGGUGGAGCAGGCUGAGUUUGCAGAGAUGAUCCGAGAGGACGCCGCAUCCCUGGAGGAGCGACACGAGACGGAUUCCGUGCCCCUGGUGGAUGAAAUCCGCUACCACAUCACCAGCAACGUGCAGACAUACAGCGCAAUCGAGGAGGCUAAUCAGAAACUGGAAGCCCUGGAGGAGCUGCUGUCCAGCAUUAACAUUGACUGCUGAGGGAAUUUGAAGGCUUGUAGAGUUGUUCUUGAGGGGAGACUGAAAAGAAGAACAUAUGAAACUAUAUGUUUGUAGAUUUUAUUUUAUUUACAGUAUAUUGCACAGAAUAUAUAUUUAAAAUGUUUUUGGUUCUGAGGUUAUACGGACAUAUUCAGAGACAGGUGGUAAAUCAAAGUUUCUUUGAGAGUUACAUACCAAAUGUGAGGAAAGGGUGUUAAACUGAUAUAAUGGAUCAUGUGAAACUGCUCUGAAAAUGUACUGUCUAUUAUUUCUUGUUUAUAUUUACAUUAGAAUACCUUUGCAUUGAACAUGCAUGAACUUACUUUAGCUGGUAGAGUUUAAACUGGCUGGCUCUUAAAUAAUGUCAUCUGGCCCUGACAGAGUCAAUAUGUUUUAUGUUUAUCCCUAUUAAAUUAAAUGUUAAUACUGACAAAAGGCCGAGUCUGACACUCUCACACAGGGAAAGUGCGGACAAGAAAACAUAUUGUCUUGAGUGUCUCUUAUUUUGAGGUUGCAUAGAAUAUAGUUUUAUUUUUGUCUCAUGUGCAAAAGCAGUAAGGAUAUUGCUGAACUGCCUGCAGCUUUUAUUUUUUUAUGUUUGUGUGGUUGCUGUAGUUCACCUCAUCGUUUGAACACCCUGCUUCAAAUUAACCGCUUCUUAUGUCACGACACACCUCUUGCCUAUUGUAUGUACUACUAUGAAAAAUGGAUAAAAAAUAAAAUGCUCUUAAUUGUACCAAAUAAA